AAGCUACCAGCAUGCACUGUACUUCCUUAUUCUCAUUUCAGCAAAGGAAAAGUCUCAGAAAGUUUUGGUUUCAGAGACAGUGGCAGUUUCAUUGUUAAUGUGACGUUCCUGACUUCACCCAGCACGGCUUGGGGAAAUCAUAAUGACGUUUCAUACUUCUCUAUAUAAACUCGAUGAACACCUAGACACAGACAAUGUCGCUGCUUUAAAAUUUCUUUGCCUUGACCAUAUCCCUCACAAGAAACAAGAAGACAUCACAGAAGGCAUGGACCUCUUUCAGAAUCUGGAGGACAGGGGCCUUCUGGAAGAAAACAACUUUUCCAUCUUAACAGAACUGCUAUUCAGAAUAAAAAGAAUGGAUUUGCUCAAGAAACUUGGCACUACAAAAGAAGAAAUGGAGAAUGAACUUCAAAUACCUGGAAGAGCACAGAUUUCAUUAUACAGGCAGCUGCUCUAUGACAUAUCAGAAGACGUAACUAAAGAUGACAUUAAAUCUGUCAAGUUCUUCUUGAGUGAUAAAUUACCAAAAUGCAAACUGGAAAAGGACACAACAAUGCUGCAUGUUCUGACAGAAAUGGAGAAGAUUGGGCUACUUGGGGAGGACAGGCUUGAAGAUCUGAAAAUGAUUUGUAGAAAAAUCAGACCGGCACUGGUGGUAAAAAUAGAAAUCGUUGAACAAAAAAUAAGAGAGAUACCGCAAAGGCAAAGAUGUACAGAGCCUGUUCCAGUUUCAGCACAUAGCUUUGAGAGCUGCUUGGAGGAAAGUGUUAGGUCAUUACAAAUUUCAACUGAGUCAUUACUACAAUCUGUUUCAACGCUCAGCCUUUCAAGUCUUAGUGAAGAAAGUACAAGGUCAUUUGCCAUUUCUGAUGAUGAACAAUGCAAUUCACAAUCAGCAGCCAUCAGCACUGAUAUCAUUUCAAGAAAUGAACAGAAUGAAACAACAAAUGAGAGCAUAAACCAGGAUGAGACUGUUUAUGAAAUGAAACAUAAACCUCAUGGAUAUUGCUUGAUUAUCAACAACCAUAAUUUUGAAGAAGCAAGAAAAAAGCCAGAGUUCAGUUUUAUUAAGGAUCGGAGGGGAAGUGAUGUCGAUGCUGAUAGCCUGAAGGAUGUCUUUCACUUUCUGAACUUUGAAGUUGAGCAGCACAACAACUUGUCUGCCAAGAGAAUGAUGGAGCUUUUCAGGAGUUACCAAAUCAAGGACCAUAAAAACAAAGACUGCUUUGUCUGCUGUAUUCUGUCUCAUGGGAAAAAAGGGACUGUGUGGGGUAUAGAUGGAGAAAGUAUUGAUAUAAAAACAAUAACUUCUCACUUCACUGCCCUGCAGUGUCACUCACUGUGUGGCAAACCAAAAGUGUUUUUUAUUCAGGCAUGUCAAGGUGAACAAUUUCAACGAGCCAUUCCUAUAGAAGCGGAUUCCAAUGACUAUGAUUCUCUUCCUUCAUAUCAAGGGAGCAAUUUUAUUGAAAGCAUUCCAGAAUAUGCUGAUUUUCUGCUUGGAAUGGCAACCAUAGAACAUUUUGUAUCAUACAGAAGCCCAUCUUCUGGCAGCUGGUACAUACAGUCCCUUUGUAGCAAUCUGAAGGAUGGGAGUACAAGGGGUGAUGACUUACUAACCAUACUCACCAAAGUUAACAACGAAGUGAGCAAAAAGCUUGACACAGAAAGGAAUGCAAAGCAGAUGCCACAGCCAAAGUUUACACUGCGUAAAAAAAUCAUCUUUCCUGUCUGCUGAUAUUUUCUUAGAUUUUUGCCAAAUGCUGAGGAGUGAGCCAAAAAACACAUGGUACUUGAUCAAAUACGUGAAGCCACAAAUUGAUAUUUGACAUGCAGAAAAUUAUGUUUUCACAAAACUAAAACUACUAUGUGUCAGUUGUAUUGUUUGAUAUGUUUCUGGAGCCACCAACUGCAGUUUUAGAAUGGCUAUGAAUGCAAAAUGUUAAAUAUGAUUACAUUUUACAUAUAAUUGGAGAGACUAGCAUUUUAAAGAAGAAGAAAAUAACCUGUUUUAUUCAUUCUCCUUUUCGGUAUUUAUAAUGUAGAAGUAGUGGCCAUCUUAUAUGCUAAAAAGGAGAGCAGUGCAAGCUAUUGUGAGUCAAUAUGCUUAUAUUUCAGACUGUACAAUGAGUGGAGCAGGAAAGUGGUCAGCUUUGAAGAACGGUUGGCGUAUUAAAAGAUGACACAGAAAUGGAACUAUAACAAAUAUUAAAACAUUUUAAAACUUGCAACAAGAAUGAGGAAAAAGCAAUAAUGGUUAAGGGGACAGUGUUCGAGUACUUGUUACGUGUCGUAUUAUUAGGUGAGGUGGGUAAUGUUCUUGCAAAGGAGAAAGAGAAAAGAGCACACAGAUAUGUUGGGAAACUCUUGGACAAUUUACUCACAGAGCACUUGAAAAACGUAGGCUGAUCAAGGGCCUACUAAAGCAGAUAAACCAAGAAAGAAACAGAUAUCAUAACUGGAGACUUUGAAUGCAUAAGUGACUUUUGAUUGGAUGUGAUGAGGCACAAAACUGGCAUACACCUUGUAAAAUUAGCAAAAGCUAAAAAUUAGGUACCUAAUAAAUUGAGUGUAUUAUGUAGCAGACAUGGACCAAAGAAUUUAUGACACUAAUAGGAAGUAGUUCAGGGAUGAGGAAAAAGGGCAAAAAAUUGUUAAAAUGCCACCAUGCAAGAAGAGACUAUAUCUAAUAAUGCCGCUUAGGGAUGGGACUUUACAUUCAGAGUAACAUCAUAGAUAGAAGCAAGUCUGGAGCCAUAUUGGUAGUUAAACUCUGACUGAAAAAAAUACUUAUGCUAUUUGGUGAAGAAUGCUUAUGGCAGAACUGAAAGCCAGAAAAGGAAAAUAAAUGUUGGGAACCAUAGAGAUCAGUAGAUCGUUAAGAAGUAGGGGUUAUAGUUAGUUACUAGGCAUGCUGGUCCAGAAAUUUAUUGAGGAGUCUAUCCCAUUUUCUGAACUGGUGCAGAGAAAAGUACGGUUAAAGUGACUUGCUCAUAACCACAGUGGGCAAGUGAAGGCUGAGAGAAUCAAACCCCGGACCUCAGGAAGCAGCACAUUAACAGCUGAUUGCCUUAAUUAUCUAUGCUAACUAGCAAUAGUAUGCAUUUUCUAGAAUACCUAGGUACAUUCUUUCUGUGCCCUUUCAUACAGUUCCUAAAAUUACACAUUCCCACAUUUGGGCAAUGUAUACCACUUUGUCCCAUGCAAGACCUUCUUGCAGGUAGGCUAGUCAGGGUAUACUCCAUGAGCAUCCCACAUUUUUUUCUAACUUCUCAUGCAUUUUAAAUCAUUCCCAAAUUGACUGCAUCACAAUAACAUUUCCUGCAUUUCCAAGCUUUAAAAGCGUAAACCAUUCUAGUGUAGUUGUAGUCACCAGAUCGUGAAAUAGGAACAUCACAAAAGCUGAUGUUUUACAUUGGGCUGCAGCAGAUCAUUGUCAGUUAUUGCAGGUGACCUUCACUUUAAGCUAGAGAAUCACUUAGUAAUGAUUGCAAGGACAUUGUGCAAGGACCUGGUGGAAAGCUCAUGGCAAGAGCCCAGACAGAAACACUGAAGGCAGAAGGUAAGGAGCUCAUGUCUCACAACUAUGUCCAACUCUGCUUCUCCUGAGAGUCCUCAAUACUUGCAGUGCCAUUUAAUUCUUUACCUGUUGAGAUGUAUUCCUCCUCCAUCAAGAUAUUAUCCCACUUCUUACCUACAUAUGGGCAUUAGGUAAAUAAAACAAUCCAAGUUUCUCUUUUUGAGAGUAAAAUCUGAGAUACAUAUGCCAUCUCACCCCACUGUCUUGAGAAAAGUAAGAACUUAAAGGGAAUGAGUAAUGAAGGGACUCUUAAUCCACAUAAUGAGUUUAUGGGUCUGAAAUUAGAAACAGAAUUGCAACUGCCUGUCUAGUUGUUCCCUGAAAGGGUUGUUUGCUCACCAAGAAGUACUGCGUUAGUCUUCACAAAUCAUUCCCCACCAGUAUACACACACACACACACACACACACACACACACACACACACACACACACA